AUGGAGGACCUCGGGGAGAACACCACAGUCCUGUCUUCACUGAGGUCGCUGAACAGCUUCAUUUCUCAGCGAGUGGAAGGCGGCCCUGCUGGGCGGGAUGCCUGUGUUGCGGUGCCGGGAUCUCUGCAGAUGCAGUACCAGCAGAGUAUGCAGCUGGAGGAGCGCGCGGAGCAGAUCUGCGCCCAGUCUCACCUCCUCCAGGUGGAGCGAGAGAAGAUGCAGAUGGAGCUGAGCCACAAGAGGGCCCGUGUGGAGCUGGAGCGCGCUGCCACCACCAGCGCCCGGAACUACGAGCGCGAGGUUGAUCGCAACCAGGAGCUGCUGACGCGCAUCCGGCAGCUUCAGGAGCGCGAGGCCGAGGCCGCGGAGAAGAUGAAGGAGCAGCUGGAGCACAGCCGGUCCUGCCGGCAGAGCCUGGACGCCGCCAGCAAGAAGCUGCGGGAGAAGGAGGACGGCCUGGCUGAGGCCGGGGAGACCAUCAACGUGCUGAAGGGCAGGGUCUCGGAGCUGCAGUGGAGCGUGAUGAACCAUGAAAUGCAGGUGAAGGGCCUGGAGUCUGAGAAGCAGGAGCUGCAGGAGCAGCUGGAUGCACAGCACAGAAAAUGGCAGGAGGCGAAUCAGAAGAUCCAGGAGCUGCAGGCCGGCCAGGAAGGGAGGGUGGAGCAGGAGCGGAAGAUCCGGGACUUGGAGCAGAAGCUGUGUCUGCAGGAGCAGGACGCCGCGGUGGUGAAGAACAUGAGGUCGGAGCUGCUGCGGCUCCCCAGCGUGGAACGGGAGCUGAGGCAGCUGCGGGAGGAAAACGCCCGCCUGCGGGAGAUGAGAGAGUCCAGCGGGCUGCUCCAAGAGGAGCUGGAGGGGCUGCAGCGGCGGCUGGGGCGACAGGAGAAGCUGCAGGAGGAGCUGGUCAGCUUGGAGCUGGAGAAAGAGAGGCUGCUGGCGAAGCUGCAGAGCUGGGAGAGUCUGGGCCAGACCACAGGCUUGCCCCUCAGGACCCCAGAAGACCUCUCCCGGUUUGUGGUGGAGCUGCAGCAGAGAGAGCUUGCUCUGAAGGACAAAAACAGCGCCAUCACCAGCAGUGCCCGAGGGCUGGAGAAGGCCCGGCAGCAGCUUCAGGACGAGGUCCGCCAGGUGGGCAGCCGGCUGCUGGAGGAGCGCAAGCGGCGGGAGACCAGUGAGGCUCAGGCCCGGAGGCUGCAGAAGCGAGUCCUGCUGCUGACCAAGGAACGGGACGGCAUGCGGGCCACACUGGGCUUCUACGACAGUGAGCUGACACCGGCCGAGCACUCGCCACAGCUGACACGUCGCAUCCGGGAGGCUGAGGACAUGGUGCAGAAGGUGCACGCCCACAGUUCUGAGCUCGAGGCUCAGCUGGCGCAGGCCCUGGAGGAUCUGGGGAGCCAGAAACAGAGAGCAGACACGCUGGAGAUGGAACUGAAGAUCCUGCAGUCCCAGGCGGAGCCUGCUGCCCAGAGCUUCUCCACGGGAGAGGUGGACAUGCUCAGACUGAAGGUGGAGGAGCUGGAGGGGGAGCGGAGCCGCCUGGAGAAAGAAAAGAAGGUGCUGGAGCUGCAGCUUGAGAAGCUCACCCUCCAGGGCGACUAUGACCGGAGCCGCACCAAGGUGCUGCACCUGCGCCUGAACCCAGCCAGCGUGGCCCGGCAGAGGCUCCAUGAGGACCAAGCACAGCUGCAGGAGGAGUGUGAGCGGUUGCGUGAGCUGGUGCGCACUCUGGAACAGGGCGGCGCCGUUCCCACCAACCUUGAGGCUGCUGCAGGCCUGCCAUCAGCCAAGGAGGUGGCAGAGCUGAAGAAGCAGGUGGAGAGUGCCGAGCUGAAGAACCAGCGGCUGAAGGAGGUCUUCCAGACUAAGAUCCAGGAGUUCCGGAAGGUCUGCUACAUGCUUACAGGCUACCAGAUAGACAUCACCACCGAGAGCCAGUACCGGCUGACGUCCAUGUACGCCGAGCACAGGGCCGACUGCCUGCUGUUCAAGGCCACAGGACCCUCCGGGGCCAAGAUGCAGCUUCUGGAGACAGAGUUCUCCCGCACGGUGGGCGAGCUGAUUGAGCUGCACCUGCUGCGUCAGGACAGCAUCCCAGCCUUCCUCAGUUCCCUCACCCUCGACCUCUUCAGCCGCCAGACAGUGGCCUAG